GUGAUGAGAAAUAUUCACUUGGAAAAUUGUAAAAAGAGGCGGGGUCAACCAGUUUAUCCCGGUCGCGGCCCGAAUCCAAGGGUCAUCAUCCUCUUUAAAACGACGUCUUUGACUGCACUUCUUUGCUGAAAAAGCGAGCGGCGAGUAACAAUGUGCGGCGACGCCACGAACUGGGACGAAGACGCAUACAGAGAAACCGUAGUCAGGGAGAGGGAAAUCCAAACCCGAACCGUUUUCCGAACCGCUUGGGCCCCACCCUACACCUCUAACCUCGACACUCUCCUUGUCGCCUCUAGCGACGGUUCCGUCGCAUCCUACUCCAUCUCUUCCUCCGUCGCCGCCUCUAAGCUCAAAAAUCCAUUCGGUUUUGUCAAUGCCGAUACAGAUGAGUUAUUGGCUGAACCAAAUUGCUUCGUUCAAGCGCACGCUGGACCUGCUUACGAUGUCAAGUUUUAUGGUGACGGCGAAGAUGCUCUGUUGCUGAGCUGUGGUGAUGAUGGUCAGAUUCGAGGAUGGAGAUGGAAGGAAUUUUCAAGCUCAAAUUAUUCUGUUUCUUCCCAAGGAAAUGAUAUCAAGCCUGUACUUGAUGUGGUGAAUCCUCAACACAAAGGUCCUUGGGGUGCACUUUCACCCGUCCCAGAGAAUAAUGCUAUUGCUGUCAAUACUCAGGGGGGAUCUGUUUUUGCCGCAUCUGGUGAUUCUUGUGCAUAUUGUUGGGAUGUGGAAACUGGUAAAGUGAAAAUGGUAUUCAAGGGGCACAUGGACUAUUUGCAUUGUAUAGUUGCUCGCAACUCAUCAAAUCAGAUCAUAACAGGUUCGGAGGAUGGGACAACACGAAUUUGGGAUUGCAAAAGUGGAAAGUGUACGCAAGUGAUUGAUCCAGCAAGAGAUUUGAAAUUAAAGGGAUCUGCUUCAUGGGUUGGUUGUGUUGCUUUAGAUGCAAGUGAGAGCUGGUUGGCUUGCAGUAGUGGACGUAAUAUAUCACUUUGGAACCUUCCUGCUUCAGAAUGCGUAUCAAAGAUUCCAACUCGUGCUUGUGUACAAGACAUGUCAUUUGACAAUAAUCAAAUUUUGACAGUUGGUACAGAUCCUCUACUCAAUCGCUUUGACAUGAAUGGCACUAUCCUUUCACAAAUACAGUGUGCUCCUUCGUCAUCUUUUUCUAUCUCCUUACAUCCUGCAGGGGUUAUGGCAGUUGGAGGUUAUGGAUGUCUUGUUGAUGUUAUCUCACAAUUUGGCAGCCACAUGUGCACAUUUCGUUGCCAGUGUAAACCCAAUGGAAAGGUAGGAUCAAAUGUUUCGCGGGAGUUUGACCGUGGGCGUAGACCGGUCAUGGCUGGACUUGCACCUGAGGGAUCACAGUUCGAUGCUCGUCAAUAUGAUUCUAAAAUGAGUGACUUACUUUCAUCUGAUGGACAGGACUUCUUCACAUCCUAUGACGAGGUUUAUGAUAGUUUUGACGCUAUGGGUUUGCAGGAAAAUCUUCUCAGGGGAAUUUACGCAUAUGGUUUUGAGAAGCCAUCUGCCAUUCAGCAAAGGGGGAUAGUUCCCUUCUGCAAGGGACUUGAUGUUAUUCAGCAGGCUCAGUCUGGAACUGGGAAGACGGCUACUUUCUGCUCUGGUAUUCUGCAGCAACUUGACUAUAGCUUGACGCAAUGCCAGGCCUUGGUUUUAGCACCAACUCGUGAGCUUGCUCAGCAGAUUGAGAAGGUUAUGCGAGCACUUGGAGAUUAUCUAGGUGUGAAGGUUCAUGCUUGUGUGGGAGGUACCAGUGUGCGUGAAGACCAACGCAUUCUAUCUAGCGGUGUUCAUGUUGUGGUUGGUACCCCUGGUCGUGUGUUUGAUAUGCUGCGCAGACAGUCACUUCUGCCAGAUCACAUCAAGAUGUUUGUAUUGGAUGAGGCUGAUGAAAUGCUUUCCCGAGGUUUUAAGGAUCAGAUCUACGAUAUAUUUCAGCUGCUGCCAUCUAAGAUUCAAGUGGGAGUUUUCUCUGCUACAAUGCCUCCUGAGGCCCUUGAGAUCACUAGGAAGUUUAUGAACAAACCUGUUAGGAUCCUUGUGAAGCGUGAUGAGCUCACCUUGGAGGGUAUUAAGCAAUUUUAUGUCAAUGUUGAGAGGGAGGAUUGGAAGCUGGACACACUCUGCGAUCUUUACGAGACAUUAGCUAUCACUCAGAGUGUCAUUUUUGUUAAUACCAGAAGGAAAGUUGAUUGGUUGACUGACAAGAUGAGAAGCCGUGACCACACAGUCUCAGCAACCCACGGAGACAUGGACCAGAAUACCAGGGACAUUAUUAUGCGUGAAUUCCGUUCUGGGUCUUCCCGUGUCUUGAUAACCACUGAUCUUUUGGCUCGUGGUAUUGAUGUGCAACAAGUGUCUCUAGUUAUAAACUUUGAUCUCCCUACACAGCCUGAGAACUAUCUCCACCGUAUUGGUCGUAGUGGGAGGUUCGGAAGGAAAGGUGUUGCGAUCAAUUUUGUCACAAAGGAUGACGAGAAAAUGCUGUUUGACAUCCAGAAGUUUUACAACGUGCAAGUUGAGGAGCUGCCUUCAAAUGUUGCUGAGCUCCUUUGAUCAGAUUUUGUCCUCCGUCGUAGUAGAUGAAAUUAGUUUGCGUUUGGAAACUGUUAUGUAAUGUUUCUCACUCUAACCUGUCUCCCCCCCCUUUCGUUUCUUUGGUUGUACUUCCGCUCUUAAACUUUGUUUAAUAGGCUUAGUAAUUUAAUUUAAACUGCGAGUUUGUCUGAAUAUCCAAGUAGUUAUUACUUGCUAUGUGGAAACCCAUUAUUAUUGCCCCAAUUGGUGUAUGACUUUCGUUGCA